UCGAGCAUGUGGUGGAAACAACCCGGCCUGUUUCCAUCGGCGGCCGACGGCGUGUCUUCCGGUGGUUCUUCUACGUUUCUCAAAAAUCAGCGGUGUAUUUCUCCCUCUUCCAAGAACGAUCCCCGUAUAUAUGCAUAGCAUUCGGUCCUCAUUUGUUCGUCCCUGCCCUCCUCCGCCGUUCCUCCACGUCAUCCUGCCGCGCCGUGCCUCAUCUCGCCUCUCACCCUCACUCGGGAGUCCACCGCACACACCGUAGAGAGAGGGCAGCAGCCGGGAUCUACUCGAGCUUGCGCGUGCGAGAACAAGCCCGCCCACCGGCUUCGUGUUUGCGCGCCGUGCUCUACUGGACACCGGUGGUUGCUGCAUCCGGAGGGAUUAUCGAUCGAGCACCCUACCGGGUUUCUUCAACCAUCUUAUUUUGAAGGUAGCUGGGAAAUGGCGGCAGCUUCAUCCUCUACUGGCAGGACGGGCACGCAACCGGAACACGGGAGGGCGACCGAGGAGGACUUGGCUGUCAUGACCUGUAGGCCCUUCAACAGGGACGUCUCACAGGAGGAGUCAUUGCCCCUGGGCAGAAGGCUCAUGCGCGCGUUGUCCCAGGGGAUUAAUUCAGCCGCGAGCAUUCGCAUCCUCAAGAGCCUCUCCGCCGCUUCGAGGUCUUCGUCUGGGGAUACCGCUAAUCUCACGCCGCGACCCUCACUCAAUGCCGUGGGCCCCAACAGCAGGCUCUGGACGCUUUCCGAGGCAUCGUCAGUGGGAGAAGAAGCUGGGUGGGAAACGAUUGUGGAGCAGGACGGCAUCAAACCGGCGAUGGGGCUGAAGUAUUUCCACUCGGAGAAACACGGUUUGCGACUUUGGGUCCAACCCGACAGCGUGCCGGUGCCGCUCUCACCAGGACGCCAAGAAGCCUCGGGCCCGAUCCGGGUGCGCGACCUGGACCAGACCGUGGAUUUCGAGGGCGGAAAACUCCUCGGGGUAUUGGAGGUUGAAUGCCUCCCUUGCGGACGCCGGUUUGACGCGCCGUUGCUGUUGGACUUCCCUGUCGAUGGCAGGAACAAGGAAGACCCCAUCAUCGACGCCCACGGAAGAAUUCAAUAUGAGAUCCUUAUCAAGGACUCUCGCUCCGAGAGAUGGGUCAGGGACCCCGAGAGUUCGAUUCCGCUGCAGAUCGUCCAGGAUAACCAAGGCAAGGUUUACGUCAGAGCCCAUAUCCGGCACUUCAGCCGUUGGGGACUCUUCAAGACGAAACCGCUCGUCUUCGGUCCUCAGCUGUUCCACGAACAGACAAUCCCCUGGAUGCAGAGCAAGCGGCACCAGAGCCUCAUUCAGAACAACACCCCGGGCGUGGACAUCCACAUCUACGCCAUGCGGAUUGCCCAGUGGAGCGCCGCAGUGAAGUCCGUUAAGGCGGGGGCAGGGGCAGAGGGCUUCCAAGCGAACUUCGAAUUCACCGGGGACGUCCAUCAGAACGUCAACCCUGCGGCCCUGGUCCCCCAGAUGGUGACUAUACCCCCGGGCCAUAGCCACUGGAUUGAGGUUCCGCGAGUGGGAGCUGGUUUCCGAUCGAGCCGAAAGGCAGUGGUCAUGAUCGUCACAGAGCUCAACGACGAGAACGACGGCAAGAGGAUGCGAUUGGAGGCCGUGGAGCACCUCCGAAGCAGGACCAUGCUAACGGUAACCUUACGUGUGUCCGAAGGCAAGGUAAUCGGGAGCCCCGUCGCCGCGGAAGCGGGAGGCAUUCUGUCCCAAUUGAUGCGCGCCAUCCAGAAUGAUGUCAAUGCCACGCCCAACAACGCGCCUUCGACGGUCCGAAGCCGCAGCGAGACCAACAGCGGGGUGAACAUCGGUCUGGGUGCGGAGCAUCCUGGUGCGGAACAGUUUAUGGGUUCCCCCGCGAUGGCGGAAUCAUCAGGCGACGACAUCACUCCGACUGGCGCGGGUCCUGCAGAUAUGCCGCCGCUGUAGCAGCGUCUACCACGAGAACAGCUGGAGAUGAUGCGGCCGCUGUGACGGCGCACACCGCGAUACCAGCCGAGGCUGCUGAUCGUGCUGCUGCUGCUGUGUCGGUGGCGGCCGUGCCCGAAGACCAUGAACCGCCUGCGGCCAAGGCUGCUGUUGACGACGCAUCGGCUGGCGCUCGUUCAGAUGCUCACCCGAAUGCUUCUCCGUUCCUGGCAACCAAGUCCGCCGCUACAGUUUCUCCUGUUGCAUAAGGCCGUGAACGGCCCGUGAGUUCCUCGUUAGGGCGCUUGCAGAGCCACAUAGAGUGCCAUUGACUGCGACUAGCUUAGCAAUUUAGGUGCUCUGUGCCCACCGCACCUGCACGAAUUUCAUUUAGUCCCUUGUUAUCCUGCAGUGGCCGCGGCGCAUGGCCAAGUGGGGUGCGGAUCGGUUUGGAGAUUGGUUUUAGUGAGCUUCGUUGUUCGAUAAAAUCGGGUUGUAAAAUGUAGCCAUCAACGGGAUAUUGCCACACAAUUUUUUUUGCUUUUUGCCCAGUCCACCAGACCAACCGUUGUUUUGUACUACUGGCACCCAAAGACCUGGGACACGCAAGUCGCACGUAUUUUUUGCUUUCUGUUCUUAUUGGUCCAUCGUGGUUGAUGUGAUUUGGUAUCCGACUCGUGUUUCCCGCAACGCGAGUGGGGGCCAAGCUGCCAGGCUUCAGCCUCAACCAGAUCGCGAUCGAUUGCUGACUUCUUGUAGACUAGCCGUAGUUUAUAUGUAGCAUUUUGACGAUUCAUCCUAGGUGGGUGUUUCAGCAUCGCCGCCCACCUCCUUCUUCGAUGGAUACCGUGGGCCUACUACUGGCAAUGAGGUUCAUUUUUUUGCAUAACUGUGCGUGCUGUCAGUAUAUGCUCAGCGAACGGGGGCUGACACAUUGACGCCGUCUGUGGCGUUGGACACCUGGUCGUGCGGCAUACAUGGGUGCGCUUCUUUAGUUGGCAAUAUGCUCAACGAGCGGGGUCCAUCACGGGUAGGCCGUCUGUGGAGUUGUGUGCGCGUUUUUUUUGUUAUCGUCAUCAGCGCCAACCGGCUGGCCGGCGAAAAGGUUUCGACAGUUUAAGCGGCAUACAACCAACGCGGAAUGCGUUUGCUACUGUAGGCAUCGGGCUCUCACGGCAACGGGGCUAUGAAGGAGGUUCAGCGAUGGUGUCCCUCAUCCGGAUGCGAAGCACAAGCAUGCACGUAGCACUACCGCUGCGGCGUAAUAAGCUCCUCUUUUUGUGCGAGCACCAUGCAUAGCCGUGAUUGGCGUAUCAACUAUAGCUGAAGAGUGCAUGUUUUCUUGUAGGGAGAGUGGUACUGCCACACAUCGUGGACAACCACAUGCCUUCCACUGUAUGUACGGGUGUGAUGGCACUCGCCACGGCCUCUCUUGAGGGCUUGAAGACGUGGAUUGUCCUCAGAGAUCAAUAGAUAGGCAGAGAUAAGAAAAUGCGAAGUACUUCUAAGAAAGAAGAUAAUCAAGAGGAUGCGACAAUCCAAAGGAACAAGAAAUGCUUUUCAAGGAAAAGGAC